GCCCCCGGCUUCGCCUCCCGCUGCCGCCUCCACCGCUGCCCCGGCUGCCGCCGCUGCCGCUGCUUCCCGCGGCCUGGGCUUCCCGCCGCCAGCAUGCCGCACGCCUUCAAGCCCGGGGACUUGGUGUUUGCCAAGAUGAAGGGCUACCCGCACUGGCCGGCCCGGAUUGAUGACAUUGCUGAUGGUGCUGUGAAGCCCCCACCCAACAAGUACCCCAUCUUCUUCUUUGGUACACACGAAACAGCUUUCCUGGGACCCAAGGACCUAUUUCCCUACGACAAGUGGAAAGAUAAGUACGGGAAACCCAACAAGAGGAAAGGCUUCAAUGAGGGACUGUGGGAGAUCCAGAACAAUCCCCACGCCAGUUACAGUGCCCCUCUGGUGAGUACCUGUGGGUUGGGGACAGUUGGCAUGGGGUCUGCAGAGCCAAAUCAAGUGGUGCUCACGUGCACUGGAGACUAG